CCUUUUGGUGGUGUGUUGGGCAAACGCUGAAGGUGCAUUAUUGGGCUGAUCUCUCCCCGCCACGAGCCUUAGAGCCUUCUCUUUCUCGGCGGCACCAGCCAACCAUUAAUCUUCUCCCUUCUGUUCGAGGCACGGCAAUUGCAGGGUUUUGAGCACUCGAAUUGGCAGCCGAGUUUACGAUUAACCGGCCGGGACUUGGGUACACCUUUUAGCGUUCUCGCAACACCAAACCAUCUCUCACAAUGGCCGACCAUCAGCGAAUCGCAAUUGUUUCGGUCUAUGACAAGACCGGGCUCCUGGACCUGGCCAAGGGCCUCGUCCAGCACAAUGUCCGCAUUCUGGCUUCGGGCGGCACCGCCAGGAUGAUUAGGGAGUCGGGUUUCCCGGUUGAGGACAUUUCUGCCAUCACCAAGGCUCCCGAGAUGCUUGCUGGCCGCGUCAAGACCCUCCACCCUGCCGUCCACGCCGGCAUCCUUGCUCGUAACCUCGCCUCGGACGAGAAGGACCUGGCCGAGCAGAACAUCGACAAGGUUGACUACGUCAUCUGCAACCUGUACCCUUUCAAGGACACGGUCGCCAAGAUCAAUGUCACGGUGCCCGAGGCUGUAGAGGAGAUCGAUAUCGGCGGUGUCACUCUCAUCCGCGCGGCUGCCAAGAACCACGCUCGCGUCACCAUUCUGAGCGACCCCAAGGACUACGCCGAGUUCCUCAAGGAGCUCGAGACCGGUGAGAUCAAGGAGGAGAGCCGGAAGCUGUACGCCCUCAAGGCCUUUGAACACACUGCCGACUAUGACGCUGCCAUUUCCGACUUCUUCCGUAAGCAGUACGCCGCCGAUGGCAAGCAGUAUAUUCCCCUCCGCUACGGUGCCAAUCCCCAUCAGAAGCCCGCCUCGGCCUACGUCAAGGAGGGCGAGCUUCCCUUCAAGGUCCUCUGUGGCUCUCCGGGCUACAUCAACCUACUGGACGCCCUCAACAGCUGGCCCCUGGUCAAGGAACUCAAGAAGGCUCUCGGCAAGCCCGCCGCUGCCAGCUUCAAGCACGUGUCUCCCGCUGGUGCCGCCAUUGGCCUGCCUUUGACCGCCGACGAGCGCAAAGUCUACAUGGUCGAUGAUAUUCCCGGCAUUGAGACUUCUGGCCUCGCUCAGGCAUAUGCUCGCGCUCGCGGCGCCGACCGCAUGAGCAGCUUUGGUGACAUGAUCGCUCUGAGCGACGUUGUCGACGUUCCCACCGCCAGCAUCAUCUCCAAGGAGGUCUCCGACGGUGUUAUCGCCCCCGGGUACGAGCCCGCUGCUCUGGAGAUCCUCAAGAAGAAGAAGGGCGGCAGGUACCUUGUCCUCCAGAUGGACCCGGAGUACGAGCCCAGCAAGACCGAGACCAGGACCGUCUACGGUAUCAACCUGACCCAGGGCCGCAACGACGUCGAAAUCUCCCCCGAGUCGUUCAAGACCAUCAUCACUCCCAAGAACUCCGGGCCCCUCCCCGAGAGCGCUCUGCGCGACCUGACCAUCGCCACGGUUGCCGUCAAGUAUACGCAAAGCAACUCGGUCUGCUACGCUGCCAGGGGCCAAGUCGUCGGCCUCGGCGCCGGCCAGCAGUCGCGCAUUCACUGCACCAGGCUGGCUGGCGACAAGGCCGAUAACUGGUGGCUGCGCUUCCACCCACGCGUCCUCGGCAUCAAGUGGAAGAAGGGCACCAAGCGCCCAGACAAGAGCAAUGCCAUUGAUUUGCUCGUCAGCGGCCAGCUCCCUAAGUCGGGGCCGGAGCGCGAGCUCUUUGAGGCCGCCUUCGAGGAGGUCCCGCCUGCCUUCACCGAGGAGGAGAAGAGCGAGUGGCUGUCCAAGCUGACUGACGUUGUCGUGUCGAGCGAUGCUUUCUUCCCCUUCACCGACAACGUUUACCGCGCUGCCCGUUCUGGCGUCAAGUACAUCGCCGCCCCCGGUGGCAGCCAGAACGACUUGCCCGUCUUCGAGACGGCCGAAAAGCUCGGUAUCACGUUUGUUGAGCAGAACAUCCGGCUGUUCCACCACUAGAGGAAUACUGCUGGACCGACCUCAACAUGACGAAGAUACCCCAUCGCCUCAAUUUCUAGGCUCGAUGUACAAUAUGGAUGCCCCAUACUACCUAUCCCCUCGGGGUGGAACACUGGCGUGACGAUAUGUGGUGGAUGGCCUGGUCGGGAACGGAAGAGUUCAACACUUUAGCUAGAAGGGUAGACAUGGAAUGAAAUGGGCAUUGCGUUUCU